UGAUGACGUCCACCGUACGCCCCGCCUCCAGUUCCUGGUGGGGAAGAUGGCGGAUGGUGGUGGCGGCGACGGCGGCUCGUGAGGCACCAGCUUCCGGGAUAGAAACGCUCUGGACGUUGGCUCUCAGGGAGCGGCUCUGGUGAGCAGGCUUCCUUAAGGGUUGUUCAACCCCUUGCUAUUCCAAGAUUGGUCAUCCCUGCUAUAGAGAUUUGGUUUUCAGAGUGCAAACGUCACCAUGGCCACAGAAAUUGGAUCACCACCACGGUUCUUUCACAUGCCAAGGUUUCAGCACCAAGCUCCUCGGCAACUAUUCUAUAAGAGACCUGAUUUUGCUCAGCAGCAAGCAAUGCAACAGCUCACUUUUGAUGGGAAACGUAUGAGAAAAGCUGUAAACCGGAAAACUAUAGAUUAUAAUCCCUCUGUAAUCAAAUAUUUGGAGAAUAGAGUAUGGCAAAGAGACCAACAGGAUAUGCGGGCAAUUCAGCCUGAUGCAGGGUAUUAUAAUGAUCUGGUCCCACCUAUUGGAAUGUUAAACAAUCCUAUGAAUGCUGUGACAACAAAAUUUGUUAGGACAUCUACCAACAAAGUAAAAUGUCCGGUCUUUGUAGUUAGGUGGACACCUGAAGGGAGGCGCUUGGUUACUGGGGCUUCUAGUGGAGAAUUUACCCUAUGGAAUGGGCUUACUUUCAACUUUGAAACAAUACUACAGGCUCAUGAUAGUCCAGUAAGAGCUAUGACAUGGUCACACAAUGACAUGUGGAUGUUGACCGCAGACCAUGGGGGAUAUGUAAAGUACUGGCAGUCCAACAUGAACAACGUCAAGAUGUUCCAGGCACAUAAGGAGGCGAUUAGAGAGGCCAGUUUCUCACCCACGGAUAAUAAAUUUGCUACAUGCUCUGAUGACGGCACUGUUAGAAUCUGGGACUUUCUACGUUGUCAUGAGGAAAGAAUUCUUCGAGGCCAUGGCGCUGAUGUCAAAUGUGUUGACUGGCAUCCCACAAAGGGAUUGGUGGUUUCUGGAAGUAAAGAUAGUCAACAACCUAUCAAAUUUUGGGAUCCAAAGACUGGCCAGAGCCUUGCUACACUACAUGCUCAUAAAAACACUGUGAUGGAAGUCAAAUUGAACUUAAAUGGCAACUGGUUACUUACAGCAUCUCGCGAUCACCUUUGCAAACUCUUUGAUAUUCGAAAUCUAAAAGAAGAGCUUCAGGUCUUCAGGGGCCAUAAGAAGGAAGCCACAGCUGUAGCCUGGCAUCCUGUUCAUGAAGGCCUUUUUGCCAGUGGAGGAUCUGAUGGCUCUUUACUUUUCUGGCAUGUUGGGGUGGAAAAGGAAGUAGGAGGUAUGGAAAUGGCCCAUGAAGGAAUGAUCUGGAGUUUGGCUUGGCAUCCUCUAGGACAUAUUCUGUGCUCAGGAUCAAAUGAUCACACCAGCAAAUUCUGGACUCGGAAUCGUCCUGGAGAUAAAAUGCGAGAUCGUUAUAACUUGAACCUGCUUCCAGGAAUGUCAGAAGAUGGGGUAGAAUAUGAUGACCUUGAACCCAAUAGUCUUGCAGUGAUUCCAGGGAUGGGAAUACCUGAACAAUUGAAACUAGCCAUGGAACAAGAACAGAUGGGAAAAGAUGAGACAACAGAAAUUGAGAUGACAAUCCCAGGAUUGGACUGGGGAAUGGAGGAGGUGAUGCAAAAGGACCAAAAGAAAGUACCACAAAAAAAGGUCCCCUAUGCGAAACCAAUCCCUGCUCAGUUUCAACAGGCCUGGAUGCAGAAUAAAGUUCCUAUACCAUCACCAAGUGAGCCACUGAAUGACCGCAAGGAAGAUCUUAAACUAGAAGAAAAAAAGAAGUCACAGGCAGAGAUUGAGCAGGAAAUGGCAGCACUUCAAUACACCAACCCACAGCUUCUAGAGCAAUUAAAAAUAGAGAGGCUUGCACAGAAGCAAGUAGAUCAAAGCCAACCACAACCACCUCCAGGAGGACCUGUUCAUGGACCCCAGCAUUUCCCAGGACAACCCCCGAUGUCUCAGGUGCCUCAAGGCUUUCAGCAGCCUCAUCCGCCCCAGCAGAUGCCAAUGAAUAUGCCUCAGAUGGGACCACCUGGGCCACAGGGACAGUUCAGACCUCCAGGACCUCAAGGACAAAUGGGGCCUCAAGGGCAAAUGGGGCCACAAGGGCAAAUGGGGCCUCAAGGACAAAUGGGGCCUCAAGGGCAAAUGGGGCCUCAAGGGCAAAUGGGGCCUCAAGGUCCUCCUUUGCACCAAGGAGGUGGUGGACCACAAGGGUUUGUAGGCCCUCAAGGCCCUCCACAAGGACUGCCAAGGCCUCAAGAAAUCCAUGGACAUCAAGGAAUGCAGAGACUUCCUGGCCCUCAUGGACCAAUGGGCCCUCCAGGGCUGCCUGGUCCACAGGGUAAUUCUGGACCUCAAGGUCACUUAGGCCCACAAGGGCCGCCUGGCCCUCAAGGACAUUUAGGUCAGCAAGGUCCACCAGCACCACCAGGACACCUGGGUCCUCAGGGGCCACCUGGUGGUCAGGGGCCACCCGGUCCAAGGGGACUACAAGGACCUCAUGGAGUACAAGGAGCACAAGGGAUGCAGGGUCCUGUAUCUCAAGGGCCCUUGAUGGGACUUAAUCCAAGAGGCAUGCAGGGACCUCCAGGACCACGGGAGAACCAAGGACCUGGUCCACAAGGGAUGAUGAUAGGCCAUCCUCCACAAGAAAUAAGAGGACCUCAUGGUUUACUGGGACAUGGACCCCAGGAGAUGAGGGGUCCUCCACCUCAGGGUUCAAUGAUGGGACCUCCACAGGAAUUGCGUGGGCCACCAGGUGCACAAGGACAGCAGGGACCUCCACAAAGUAACAUGGCAGCGCCUCAAGGAAACAUGCAAGGUCCACCUCAAGGGCCUCAAGGACAGCAGAACCCUUCAAGGGGGCCACAUCCCUCCCAGACCCCCCCACCUUUCCAACAGCAGAAAACUCCCUUGCUUGGUGAUGGUCCUCGACCCCCAUUCAGUCCGGAAGGACAAAAUUCAGGGCCCCCACCUUUGAUACCAGGAUUGGGGCAGCAUGGAGGUCCAGGUCGUCAUGCCUCUCACAACCAAGGACCUGGCCCUAAUAAAGGUGAAUCACGUGGUCCACCCAACCAUCAUAUGGGCCCCCUCUCAGAAAGGAGACAUGACCAGAACAGUGGUGGCCCAGAUCUUGGACCUGAGAGGGGGCCCUUCCGAGGGGGCCAAGAAUGGGGUGAAAACAGAGAGAACAGGGGAAUGCCAGACAGACGGGGACCUCAUCCAGACUUCCAUGAUGACUUUGACCGGCCAGAUGAGUUUCAUGAAGACUUCCAUCCAGAGAAGCGAUAUAGCCACCGCUUACGUGAAUUUGAAGGACGGGGAGGCCCGCCCCAAGAAGAGAAAUGGAGACGAGGUGGCCCGGGCCCUUCUUUCCCUCCCGAUAAUAGGGAAUUCAGUGAAGGAGAUGGCAGGGGCGCAAAUCGAGGACCUCCUGGUUCUUGGGAUGGACGGAGACCUUCAGACGAACGAUUUCCUCAUGAUCCUGAAGAGGCACGGUAUCGCGGAAGAAGAGAUGAAAACUUUAGGAGAGGCACAUCUUCAAGACACGAGAGCCGAGGAAACAGGACAAGGGAAAAUUUUUCUGGAUCUGAUGACUUUGUGCCAGAAGAAAAUUUUGACUCAGCAGAGGAGAAUUCAAGAGGAAGAGAUCAUGGUGGCCGGGGACGUGGUCGUGGUACACCAAGAGGGGGACGAAAAGGUUUGCUUCCUACUCCAGAUGAGUUUCCUCACUUCGAAGGAGGUCGAAUGGAUGGAAAUCGAGAACCAGGUCCCCGACAAGAUCAUCCUCCUCAUGAUGGUCACUCACCAGGCAGUCGAGAACGUUCUUCCUCGCUCCAGGGAAUGGACAUAGCCUCACUGCCACCUCGAAAGCGACUCUGGCAUGAUGGACCAGGAACUUCUGACCACAGAGAAAUGGAAAUGCAAGGAGGGCCUCCAGAGGAGAGACCAAAGGGGCGUGGAAAGUCAGGACCUUCCCAAAGAAUGUCAAAGUCUGGGAGAUCUAGCUCUUUAGAUGGAGAGCAUCAUGAUGGAUAUCACAGAGAAGAAUCCUUUGGGGGACCUCAAGGAGGCAAUAAUCCUCCCAGAGGAGGGAGGAGUGGAAGUAAUUGGGGAAGAGGAAGUAACAUGAACUCAAACCAGUCAAGGCGAGGAGGCUCUAGAGGUGGCGGAAGAGGUCGAUAGAAAAGGUCAUGACUGGGCAAAACCCAGUCUUUUGAGGACAGUAUUUAAAUACAGAUGUUGCAGAAUCAUUGAUGAAGUAAUUCUGCUGUCCCACAAACUGGACUCUUAAAUGGAGAUAAAUGAAUGUGCAUUAGUUCCUAAGAAGGUCUUUCAAAGAUUAAAUGCCAGCUAGUAAUGCCAUCACAGCUACCUUUAUUUCUUUCUCCUUACCAUCCCAAUCCCUUGUCACUUCCCUUUCCAACAUUGAUAUUUGAAGAUAAAGCUGGAAUUUUUUUUAGUGUUGUGAGACAAGGAGCACCUCCACAGAUUUCAGUUCAUGUCCAAAAGAACUUGUUUCUAUAUAUGUACAGUUGUCAGGCAAAAGUUAAGUUGUUUUUGUAUGAAUACAGAAUGCAAUUUGUCCAAAAAUUAACAAA